AUGGGCGAAGCUACUCUGUUCUUAAAGGACGUCUUUGAACAGAUUGAGUCCCUUAGAAAGGAGCACUUCUUUUCUCUCUGUGACCACAUAGAAGAAGAGCUCAAAGAAGAAACAUCAAUGUUUCACCCGAGAUUUUCAGACUACAAAUCCGAGAUAGAAGCAAGAGUGAAUCAGUCUAAACCUGAGUUGAACACCUCUCCUGCAACAGAAUACCAUCAUCACUACCAACAACAUCCUGAACUAGCAUCUCAGUGUCUAGGACUUCCCAUUUUCCAAGGGGCCGGCUUUCAACAAUCUGCUGCGACUACUUCUGGUACCGCGGUUCUUGUCCUUCCGACGCAACCCGAUGGCCAGACACAAGAUACCUCAGACUUGGGAGGGCGUGUGCAGACACAUGGCACUAGUAAUGUACAGUAG